CAGUUCAAAGCACUCGCGCGUUCUGGGGAUUGUACUUGAAGACUCAAAAGGAGCACUUUACCGUUUCACCCUGCAGCGUUGAAAGAAAGACUUCAACCAUCUGACUUCUUUUUUUUUGGUUUCUUUCGAGAGCGGAUCCCGCUUGCAGAAAACAGACAUUCAAGGACUCUUUCAUUGGCUCGUGCGUAAAGACACUUGCUCUCCCAAUCUGUUUUACGCACAGGAGCUAGAAAAAAAAUCCGCUCCCGUUUUUGCCCUUUUUUUGAAAAACUUGCAUCAAACUCAUCCUGGCAACUUAAAGUUAAUUUAGAGGCUUUUACUCUCGCGGGAAAGCAGACAUUACCCACCCGUUUCACGCGUAAUUUGGCACCAAACGGUUGUUCGUAUGAAUCUCCUCGACCCUUACCUGAAGAUGACGGAGGAACAAGACAAGUGUCUCUCUGACGCCCCGAGCCCGAGCAUGUCCGAGGACUCCGCGGGCUCCCCGUGCCCGUCCGGCUCGGGCUCGGACACCGAGAACACCCGGCCGUCGGAGAACGGGCUGCUCAGAGCGGACGGAGAAUUCAAGAAGGACGAGGAAGAUAAGUUCCCCGCGUGCAUCCGCGAGGCUGUGUCCCAGGUGCUCAAAGGUUACGACUGGACCCUCGUCCCUAUGCCGGUGCGCGUUAACGGAUCCUCUAAGAACAAGCCUCACGUUAAGAGACCGAUGAAUGCGUUCAUGGUGUGGGCUCAGGCUGCGCGGAGGAAGCUGGCGGAUCAAUACCCACACCUGCAUAACGCGGAGCUCAGCAAAACUCUGGGGAAACUUUGGAGACUUCUCAAUGAGGGAGAGAAGCGACCGUUUGUGGAGGAGGCUGAGCGGCUCCGCGUGCAGCACAAGAAGGAUCACCCUGACUAUAAAUACCAGCCCAGGCGGAGGAAGGCGGUGAAAAACGGACAGAGCGAGUCGGAGGACGGCAGCGAGCAGACCCACAUUUCCCCCAAUGCCAUCUUCAAAGCCCUUCAGCAGGCGGACUCUCCCGCCUCCAGCAUGGGAGAGGUGCACUCUCCUAGCGAGCACUCAGGCUCCCAGGGCCCCCCUACUCCUCCCACUACCCCAAAGACUGAUGUCAGCUCAGGCAAGAUGGACCUUAAGCGGGAAGGUGGCCUUCGCUCUCUGCCCGACGGCCCCGGCGGGCGUCAGCUCAACAUCGACUUCCGUGAUGUUGACAUCGGGGAGCUGAGCAGUGAUGUCAUAUCCCACAUUGAGACCUUUGACGUCAACGAGUUUGACCAGUACCUGCCGCCUAACGGCCACCCUGGCUCCGCAGCUGGUCCGGGCAACACCACGCCCGUCAGCUACACCGCCAGCUACAGCAUCAGCAGCGGCGGCGCCCCGGUGAGCCCGCAGGCGGGAGGCAUCGCAGCCUGGAUGGCGAAAAGCCAGAACCAGCAGGGGCAGCAGCAGCUCACCCUGACCACCCUGGGCAGCGGCGGCAGCGGCAGCAGCAGCUCAGAGGCGGCUCAGGCCCAGCACAGGACCCAGAUCAAGACAGAGCAGCUGAGCCCCAGUCACUACAGCGAGCAGCAGGGCUCCCCGCAGCACGUCGCCUUCAGCCCCUUCAACCUGCAGCACUACAGCCCCUCCUCCUCCUACCCCGUCAUCUCCAGGGCGCAGCAGUACGACUACUCCGACCACCAGGUGGGGAGCACGGCCGCCGCCUCCUAUUACAGCCACGCGGGGGCGGGGGCGGGGCAAGGCUCUGGGCUCUUCUCGACUUUCAGCUACAGCCAGAGGCCCAUGUACACGCCAAUAGCCGACAACUCGGGGGUGCCCUCCAUCCCCCAGAGCAGCCCGCAGCACUGGGAGCAGGCUCCGGUUUACACCCAGCUCACGAGACCCUGAGCUGCCCUGCAGACUGAGAGACUCACAAGCACAAUGCGAUGUACAGCUGCACACAUUAACACACACACACACACACACACACACACACACACACACACACACACUUUCUCCAAAACACUUUACUCCAGGGAGAGCUCUGCCUCCAGAGCGACUCCCUGAAUCAGACACUUGAAAUGGAAGAAAGGGAGAGCUGGACUUGUGAUUGGCUCACGCCGUGCCUUGCUAUUGUAUCUUGAUAGAAACUAUAUAUAUUUUUAGAGAGAUGAAGAAACCUAGGAAAAUCCUCUGUGAGGACUUAUUGAUUGUUGAUAUUUCAGUAGGUACUGUGUAUGUUUCUUUUUGUGUGUUGUUUUUUUUUCUUUACACGCUGGCAGUUUGUAACCCACACGGGUGGGAUUGGGUGGGUUCAGGUCAUUAUUUGUACCUAUAAGCAUUACACAAAAAAGCUUUAUAUUUGAAACCGUCCAGCACCUAACCUCCCACGGUUAUGCAGAAUGUGUUUCUCUUUAAGAUUGAACUUUGCUUUUUUUUUUGUUGCUUCUCCUUUUCGUUGCCAUUCAGCAAGUAUGGUUUGUGUUUCAGCUGUUUAUUUGUUUUCACGACUUAUGUGUCAUGAUCAUUGAAAAGCUGUUAGGCAAUACAGAGCAAGAGGGGGGAAAGUGUGUUUCACAAUGCUGUGUUGACGGGAGGGGGGGGGGUUGGAGCCCUUUUUCACCAUCCGUGCCUUGUAUUU